AACUAGAGAGAGAAGAUAAUGAAAGAGUUGCAGGACUAGUCUUUCUCAAUGUGUACAUAGUCCACCAUAAAAUACAAAACAUUUUUUUUCUCCAUUUCAUUCUUUUUGUUUAGUCUUAUUUUGUUAAUAUUUAGAGCCUAAAAAAAAACUUAAUUUUCCAUUCCUGUUUCUACUUCUACCUUUCUAUACAAGUACAUAAAUACAAAAAAAGAAAUAAAAGGGAAAAGGAUGAAAUUUCUUUAUAAAUAUAUAGUGAGUUCAUAUUCAACCAAUGAUUGAGUUUUGCUUCCUUGUAUAGAUUCUGCUAGUAUUUAGCAAAAGUUAGUGAGAGAAAAAAACUUAAUUAAAAUGAGUGCAAAUCAGAACAAUUGUAAUAGUAUUAGCAUUACUAAUAACUGGUUAGGUUUCUCUUUGUCACCCAACAUUAAAAUGGAGCCAUCUUCUGCUCAUCAUCAUCACCAUGAUCAUCAUCAGUAUCAUGAUGAUUACAUCCAUCUUCAUCAUCAUGAGACUGAGCAGCUGUCUUCUGCUUCAUCUGUAAGCAUGUUUCUUUCUCCUCAGCAGCAGAUGAAUUUAGGAGCUGCGGAAAAUGGUGGGUAUUUUCAUACUCCUUUGACUGUCAUGCCAUUAAAGUCAGAUGAAUCUUUAUGCAUCACUCCUAUGAAUGCCUUCCAUGGAUCUCAUUCUCAACCAGCAGAUGCACCAAAGUUGGAGAAUUUUCUGGGAAUUAGCUUGGACAGCAUCUACAAACAAGAGGAGCAACAACAAUUAGAGUCAUACAUAUCAGCAUUAUCAUACCAAGGAUUUAGUAGUGAAGAUGAUUUGCUGAAGAACUUUAUGAGAUAUCAUAAUGGAUAUGUUGUGAAUGAUGAGCUACUUAUGGGUAAUCAUCAAAAUAUUAUUUCAUCUGGGAAUAAUAAUACUUCUAUUACUGUUCCUCAGAAUGGUGGGGAUUUACAGUCUUUAUCCUUAACAAUGAGCCCUAAUUCUCAGUCUAGUUGUAUAACUGUUGCACCAACUGCUAAUAAUGAUGCUGUUUCUGCCGUGGAAACCAAGAAGAGAGGAUUUGGUAAAUUGGUUAAUUGCAAGGAAACUGUUCAUAGAAAGUCUAUUGACACUUUUGGCCAAAGAACCUCUCAAUUUAGAGGUGUUACUAAGCAUAGAUGGACGGGAAGAUAUGAAGCUCAUCUAUGGGACAAUAGUUGCAAAAAAGAAGGACAAACCAGAAAGGGACGACAAGUGUAUCUUGGAGGAUAUGACAUGGAAGAGAAAGCUGCUAGAGCUUAUGAUCUUGCUGCCCUUAAAUACUGGGGUCUCUCUGCUCAUACUAACUUUCCUAUGGAGGGCUACAAAGAAGAAAUUGAAGAAAUGAAGAACAUGUCACGCCAAGAAUAUGUUGCUCAUUUAAGGAGGAAGAGCAGUGGGUUCUCUAGGGGUGCUUCUAUGUACAGAGGAGUUACAAGACAUCAUCAGCAUGGUAGAUGGCAAGCUAGGAUUGGAAGGGUAGCUGGAAACAAGGACCUCUAUCUUGGGACAUUCGGCACCCAAGAGGAGGCUGCGGAAGCAUAUGACGUUGCAGCAAUUAAGUUUCGAGGAACUAAUGCAGUCACUAAUUUUGACAUUAGUAGGUAUCAUGUCGAGAAAAUCAUGUCUAGCAAUACUCUUUUAGCUGGAGAACAAGCUAAAAGGAACAAAGUUGCCUUCUUUGAGACCUUCAAGGAUAGCCCAAACCUAAACCCAAACCCGAACACAAACCAAUCAUUCUCACUUGGGUUACAAGACCUUGUUGGGCUUGACAUGGUAAACCCAACUCAACAUACACCCCAUUUUUCAACUGCAUCGUCGCUGGUAACGAGUUUAAACAGCUCUAGGGAAGGUAGCCCAGACGAGAAUUCGACCUGAAUUCAAUGGCUCAUUUUCCUGAUUUUUGUGCUUGGAAUGGUGCAUGACAGAAAAACUUAGUGUAGUUUUCCUGUUGAAAGUUGGAGCAGGUUUUUUUGCAUGAGAAAAAAGUGACAGUAGGGAAAAAAAAAUACGAGGGCAAUCUUUUUUUUUUUUUUUUUUUUUUUUUUUUUUUUGUGGGGAACAAAGGAGGAUUUAGUGGAAGAAAAUGAGAGGAGGUUGUGAUUAGACAAAAUGAGGGACAAAAGUGGGGGCCAUAUAUCUGUCUGUAAACAAAAUACUGGAAACUUUUGUCAAACUUAAUUGGAAUCCUCCUGUAAUGAGAAGAUCUUUUUGGCCAAAAAUGGAGGGAAAAUAAAGGAGAAUUUAGUGAGAGAUUUCUAAUGAUUAUUCUGUGGCAUGAUGUUGCCAAUAUAUAUAUAAGAUUGGUAUUAAGUGCAUGAGUAUGACCCCUCCAUUCUUAAAAUUAUUGGAUCAACUUUAACUACUUUUUAUUAUCAUUUGUAGUUUAUGUUUGUCAAUAAUGCAUAAAAAAGGUUUCACUAAAC